GAGAGAACCGGAAUGGCCAAGUCAGUGGAAUAAGUUUUAUUUUUAUUUUCUCCUACAUUUUUUCUGCCAUUUCCCUCUCCAAGGUGCUGAACGAUACAGCGAGAAAUACAGCCUCGAGGGCAUCUCUUUCAACGGCAGAAUGCGCGCGCCUUCGUGCGUCAGAUGAGAAAGGUGUGGACCGGCAGGUGACCGCUGGCGGGUUUUGGUACCGGGGUGCACAUGCUUCAUCGGACACCUGGUCUCCCACCGUCGUCAUUUUUUAGAGAGCCCUCCCUACAGACGGACUCUCUACGCCGCGCCUGCCCCAACCGACCGGGACCGGACCGCGACCGCGACCGAGGGCGGUGAGGGUCGCCGAGGUCGCGCCCGAGGCCGCCUCAGGAUGGCCGAGCGCCGGGCCGGCCCCCUGUCCCUGCUCUGCAGGGGCCGCAGGGUCGGGGGCCGCCACCGCAAGGCCCCGGGGCCCAACGGCCACGCCAGCGCCUGCAUCGCCGUGGAGACCGGCCGGGAGGAGGGAGACGACGCCCCCGGCGACGCUAGCGCUAGCGCUAACGCCGGCGGAGCGUGCUACUCUCCUGUUUCACUGGAACUGGACCCUGCGGUGAAUAAUGGAUCAGGCGUUCCCCGCGGCCCUCUCGCCGACACAAAGGACCCAGCCUUGCAGAUCGACGGCCGGCCCUCCUCCUCCUCCUCCUCCUCCUUUCCUCCCGUCGCGACCGCCGCGGCCGCUGUCCACCCCGCCCGCCCGCCCAAGCGCUUCCACAACCACCCGUACCGCACCAAGACUAGCAUGCAGGGCGAUGUCUACAACUUCCUGGAGAGACCCGCGGGGCUGAAGUGCUUCCUGUACCACUUCUUAGUGUUCUUAAUGGUGCUGGUGUGUUUGAUCUUCAGUGUCCUCUCCACGAUUGAGCAGUAUGCCGACUUUGCCAGUGGGACACUCUUUUGGAUGGAAAUCGUCCUGGUGCUGUUUUUCGGGACAGAGUACGUGGUGCGUCUGUGGUCCGCCGGGUGCCGGAGCAAAUACGUGGGCAUCAGAGGGCGGCUCCGCUUCGCCAGGAAGCCCAUUUCCAUCAUAGAUUUGAUUGUUGUUAUCGCCUCAGUCAUUGUACUGAGUGUGGGGUCCAAUGGCCAGGUGUUUGCAACCUCUGCCAUCAGAGGGAUCCGCUUCCUGCAGAUUCUGCGAAUGCUGCAUGUGGACCGGCAGGGAGGCACCUGGAGGCUUCUGGGAUCUGUAGUCUUUAUCCAUAGACAGGAGCUGAUAACCACCCUGUAUAUCGGCUUCCUUGGCCUCAUCUUCUCUUCCUACUUUGUGUACCUGGCUGAGAAGGAUGCGGUGGAUGAGGAAGGGAGGACUGGCUUCUCCAGCUAUGCUGAUGCCUUAUGGUGGGGUGUGGUCACCGUGACGACGAUAGGCUACGGAGACAAAGUUCCGCAGACGUGGAUCGGGAAAACCAUCGCCUCCUGCUUCAGCGUGUUCGCCAUCUCCUUCUUCGCCCUGCCGGCCGGAAUUCUGGGCUCAGGAUUUGCCCUGAAGGUCCAACAGAAACAGAGACAGAAACACUUCAACAGACAGAUUCCUGCCGCUGCCUCCCUGAUCCAGACGCUGUGGCGAUGCUAUGCGGCAGAAAAGCCGGGAGGUUGCCCAGCAACGUGGAAGAUGUACGUGCUGACCGGCGACUACGUGCCCACCACCAGCUCUGAGACCUCCAGCCCAAACUUCAAGUUACUGAACAAACGAUCCAAAAGAAAAGCCAAGUCCCUGCGGGACAACGGCUCGGUCCCGCCCAUGACCCCCACCGAAAAGGCCCUGUCCAUUCCCCACAUAACCUUCGACCACAUCGACGACAAGGACGAGAAGAAAGAGGUGCCCUUUUUCCUGGAGGAGCCGCCAGGACUUGCGAGGAUGUUCCGGCAGACAGCUGGUCAGCAGCACUCCUGGUCCUCCUUCAAUCUGAGCUGUCCUCCCUCUCCAGUCAAGAAAAGGCUGGAGGGCCCGUCCAUAGACAUUUCCCGGACGAACAGCUUUGCGGACGACAUGGACUUCGCCGGCGAGGAGAUCCCCCUCCCGGUGGUGACUGACGCAGCACAUCUGUUGACAAGCCCAUUCAUGGCAAACGUCCAGGACUCUGUCUCCACGCACGUCUUGAACACGAGAAGGUUGUCCCACGCCCACAGAUCAGCGGUCAAAGUUAUCCGAAGAAUGCAGUACUUCGUGGCCCGGCGGAAAUUUCAGCAAGCGAGGAAGCCGUACGACGUGCGGGACGUGAUCGAGCAGUACUCCCAGGGUCACCUCAACAUGACGGUCCGCAUUAAGGAGCUGCAGAGGAGGCUGGACCAUUCUUUGGGAAAACCGGGAAUUUUUCUACCAGAAAAAGGUGUCGAUAAGGAAUAUUACACGAUUGGAGCCAGGCUGAUCCGAUUGGAGGAUAAGGUGGUGCAGAUGGACCAGAAGAUGGAGGAGAUGCUGAAGAUCCUGGUGGAGCAGUUCAGGCCAGCCCCGCAGGCCCAGCCAACUCCUGCCCCCUUCACCUCCCGCAUUACUGUGAUGAAGCACUUGGGUGUCAGCAUGGAUGAGGGCCUGUGACAUCAUCAGCAGAAGGUUGGGAAAUCAUCAGUGGCAAAUUGUGACAUCACCAGUGGGAUGAGACUAAUUUCAGACAUGCCCCUCCCCCCAGCCCCCACCCCCUCAGCUGGCAGGAGAGUUUUGCCAGUCUCUGCACCCCUCCCACUCCAGUGAAAAAUCACCAGGCAAUGACCUCUGACCCCAGAAAAAGCGAGAGGGGGGAAAAACAAAAGCAGGAAAACCCGGGCCUGACGCUCGCUGCCUCCAGCCUCUGUUGGAGAGAGAGGAGCAGGGAGACCUGGCAGUGCUGGAGCCUGAAUCAAAGCCUAUUCUGGGAGUCUACGCUGUGAGAGUCUCUCCGUCUCUCUCUCUCUCUCUCUCUCACACACUCUCUCGCUCUCUCUCUCUCUCUCUCACUCUCACUCUCUGUCUCUCUUCAGAAGUUCGUCUUGAAGGACACACAGGUACACCUACAAGGCACGGAAAAUAAAAAAUAUCGCUGGAGAAAACUGAUACUUUUUAGAAAUAAGU